AUGUGUGUUACUCACUACGACAGACGGGCUUCAACAUUUGUGGUUGAGGAGUUAGAGCCUUUUGAGGGUUGGUCGCAAGGCUCGUUCCGUUUACGGUUGACGGGAAGUAUGUAUGAUUGUGGUCUUUUUCAGUCACUCUAUUUCCCAUGUCAUCAUGUGGUUGUCGCUUUUGCCGCUGCUAGUGUCAAAUGGAGUCCGUGCGUGCAUUCAGUGUACUUGCAGUCCACUGUGUUCAUGGUGUAUGAGACGGAGUUCCCACUGAUACCAAACGAGAAGCUUUGGCUGGAGUGGUUCGGGACACGGUUGCGUCCUAAUCUAGUCAUGCGUAGGAAGGCCACUGGAAAACCUAUUUUAACCAGGUUUCGUAAUAAGAUGGAUAAGGUUGAGCACCAAGAGAAGAGGUGUGGUCUAUGCAGGCAAACCGGGCAUACCGGAGAGGCUGUCCAAACUAACCUAUAG